UUUAUCUUCAAUGGCAAAUUAAUAAUCGUGAGAAGGAUCUUCAGACUCAUUCUAGGCCGCAAUACGUACCUUCUAUAAAAGGGGUCGUGUUCUCCUUAGUCAGUGCAGAGAAGACCCGAUAUUCGCCACAAACAUGAAGACCGUUUUACUUUUCUUCUUACUUUCCACAUUGGUUGCUACUUGUCUGGGAGCUGUAUACACGCAAGGUCAUAAUGGUCGACCGGCCUGCCUAACAGAUGUAGAAUUAAGUCGUCCUUGGAAAAAUAAUUUUGAUCCUACCAGAUAUUUUGUGUGCGUAGCCAAAGGUAUACCUGGGAUCGAACUUCAAUGUCCCUCGUCAUACGGAUUCAUGGAUUCUCCCCCUGUCUUUGGGUGCGUCACGUUUGACAACUUUCAGCCGUUGGAACCUCGCGAUCCGCCAAGUUUAGCUGCUAUGAACUGAUGAGCCAUUACCGAAAAUACUUUACAUACUUGUGAUUAACCUGGGGCAGAAGAUAAUAUGUUAUAUUAUUAUUCAUAUUCACAAACAAUAAAUAUAUGGAUCCAUACAAAUUUAUAAUAGCAGCAAAC